AUGGCGGCAGACCUUGAGUUGCAUGAGACUCCGUAUGGGGUUCAGUCAAGGACAGAGAAGAUGCAUCAAGCAUCACCAAGGGCCAAAGCCCUUGAAGAGUACAUGCGUUCACGGGAAGUGUAUCGGUACAAAGCGGUGGCGAUUCUUGUUGAUGCAUUCCGCCACAUCAGUGCAUACCUGGAGUCUUGUCAGGAAUUUGGACAUGCUGGGGGUAGAUUAAGCAGCACAAAGUCGUUUCACGUGUUGUUUUUCCUUUCGCAUUUUCACUCGGACCACUACAACGGCAUCACUUCUGGGUGGCGACAUGGAACUAUCUAUGCGAGCCGCGCCACAGCGAAUAUUUUGUGCUGGCGUCUAGGGGUUCGUGAGACAAGUGUAAAGAAAAUGGAUUUUGGUCUUAUUUAUGUCUUCUCAUUGGAAAACGGGGAGCUGCUCUAUGAAGAGGCGGGGUGUGAGGAGGGAAAAUGUUGUCGUGAUGGGUGUUUUUCCGUCACGAUGAUACCAGCCAAUCACUGUCCGGGCGCCGUAAUGUUUCUCUUCCAAUCCCCCGCUUUCGGCACCAUCCUCCAUACCGGUGACUUUCGGUUUAGCAGCGGGCGCUCCUCUUCAACGCUGCAGCGGCUGCCGUCGCCUGUUGUGCCGUCUCUUCCGUGCCCGCUUUGGAACUUGGAUAUCACUAACAAUCCCUUGUUAGGGUCUGUUGCGGGCAAAGUGGACACCCUCUUUCUUGACAACACGUUUUGCGAUCCCCGCUUCAUUUUUCCCUCUCAUGUAGAUGUUCUGCGGGAGGUGAAUAUGGCGGUGUUGUCGAUGUUCUGCGAGCGCACAACGGCACUUCAGAGUUGUAGUGGUGGUAGCGAGACCCUAGCGCAUAAAAGUAAGUCGGUAGGGAACACUAUUUCUCUGGCUGUCAUGAUUGGGGCGUACUUCAUUGGAAAAGAACGCAUCGCUCUUUCCCUGCAGGAGACUUUUCUGCCGGACUGCGACAAGGAUGAUGAGGCACUCCGCUUUGUUCCGACAUAUGUGUCCCCGGAGAAGUACGAGUCGCUCCGGCAGUUAGAAUAUUUUUCCGAGCGCUUCGUACCUCUUCCCCAAAAUUCUUCUUCGGUUAGUAGUGGUGGUGGUAAUGAUGAAGAUAAUGACGGCGUGUCGACCGUUCUCAGUGGGUUCACAAAGCACAAAGUGAGGCUCCCACAAGAAUCUUCACCGGCUUCGCCCAACGUGGCACGAGAUCUUUUUUCUUCUUUUUCGGAGAACUUCAUGGAGGAUUCUUGGGAGAGGCUGCGUUAUUGUCUCACUCUCUUCAUGGUCCCACUCACCUCUGUAACAUACCCAACGCUUGCUGCCGUGUGUGGCGUGCAGCACCCCAAACGGCGGCGUGGCGAACAAACUGUAGAGGAUGUUCCAAGUGCUGCAAGCCACAACGGAAGGGCGCUUCCGCUUUGGGGUAGCACAGCGAUCGACCUCAAGCAGUUUGAUGGUGUCCUCUGCGUGGAGCCAACGGGGUGGACAAAAAAGGUAAGCACUCACCGGAUCAACAAACUUGUCACGCUACUCCGCGUGCCGUACAGCGAGCACAGUAGUUUCAAUGAGCUGGUGGAUUUUGUAGGGUUCGUGAAUCCUAGUCAGGUCGUGCCGACGGUAUCCCCGGAGCUCUACAAGAAGUACGAGAGUCUUUUUGCUGAGAGGGCACCGCGGCUACGCCAGCGCUACUCCAAUGUGCAGCCCCUUUCUCGCUUCCUGUUGCCUAAGUCAACACCAGUAACGGAAGUGAGAAUCAAUGGUACUUUAAACGACACGCCAGGAACUGGCGCGGAGGCGCGAAAGCAACGAAACCCAUUUACGAUGGCAAUUACGGCUACGGAUGUGACCUGCAUAGAUGGGGUGGGAGGAGAUGAUGAUGAUGAUGUGUGUACUGUGGACACGCCCUCUGUCCAAGUAGGCGAUGUGGUGAAUAUGCAACAGAACAAACAGGAGGACAGGUAUUGUGCGGGAUUCCGACAUAGACGAUACGACAGUACGAUUAAAGUAGAACAUCCAAAGAGUUGUAUGACAGGUCGUUUGGAAUGCGCCAAACAAGACAUCGAGGACCUGAGUUAUUCACUCAACAAUCGGCAGACUAAUACACAAUCAUCUAUCCUUCGUUGGGCCCAGUCGAGUGGCAAGGCGGAUUCUGAGGAAGAUGAUGACGACUGUGUUCUCGUCGAAUCAAAGCCAUCCUUCAUUGAAAUCAGUGACACUUCUGACUGA